GGUGUGAUCAUUAUAAUCUGGCCAACGUUAAACUGUUCGGUAAAUAUUUGCAGAUGAUUUAUGGAUGGUCAGCCCUACAAAUAAUUCAUACACUUUAUAUCUGCUGGGCUGUUGGAGUAGACGUUAGUCUGUUAUUGUUACUGUUUGACACGGUGACAGUCCAACCAGUUUAUCCUGUGGCACACCUGCGCCUGAGACCUCUACCAGGAACCAGGAUUUCGUCGGAUCCAGAAUCAAGUCAGAAUGAAGAUAGCAGCCUUUAAUGGCAAGAACCUGGGACAGAAGAAAGUCCAGAACAAGUCUGUCAUCAAACACCUCACCAAGAUCAUAUCUCGGUACAGUGUGAUUGUCCUGCUGGAGGUGGUGGAUAAGAGCGGCAAAGCCAUGGAAACGUUACUUCAAGAACUCAACAAAACUGACACUAACAGAAAACGCCCCUACAAAAAAACUGCCAGCAAACAACUGGGACGAGACACCUACAAGGAGCAGUACGUCUGUUUCUACAGACCAGAUGAAGUGACGCUGAAGGAUUCACACCAGUAUGAAGAUAAUCAGGCUGGAGAUGAAGAUGCCUUUGCCAGAGAGCCCUUUGUCCUGCGCUUCCAAUGUCCAAAUACAGUUGUUGAAGAUCUGGUCCUGAUCCCAGUCCACACAAAGCCAGAGGACUCUCUGAAGGAGCUGGAUGAGCUGCAUGAUGUAGUUGAAGACAUCAGGAAGAAAUGGAAAACUGAUAACAUCAUGAUUUUGGGGGACUUUAAUGCUGAUGGACGAUAUCUCUCCAAGAAGAAGAAGGAAAAGAUCCGCAUCUGCUCUCCUUCCUACAACUGGCUCAUUGAUGACGAUGUCGACACCACGGCUAGCAACAAAAAUGAUAACACCUACGACAGAAUUGUUGUGUAUGGAAAGACCAUGCUGAACGCCAUCGUCCCCAACUCGGCCAAGUCCUUCAACUUCCAGCAGGAGUUUGACCUGACCGAUGAGGAGGCCCUGGGCAUCAGUGACCAUUACCCUGUGGAGGUGGAGCUGAAGACCAAAGAUGCGUCUGGGGAAGGACAAUCUAAGAAAAAAAGGACAACAGGAGCAAAAAAGAAAGCAAGGACAAGCAUCCAACACGCCAACCAAGAGAGGACGUCGGGCUGUUUAGUGUUAAACUUUAACGAUCUUGCUAUUAAUUUUUAAAAUUUGUGUUACUCCAGUUAGUUUAUAAACUCAGUUUUUCUUCAGAUUUAACAGAAAACCACAUCAGGUGGUUCAACGUGAUUUAAAAAAAACCCUCUGUUUGUCUUCUUUACUGAAUUUACUGUGGAAAAGACAAAUGAGUGUAAAGUUAUUAGUACUACAUGGAAAUUAGGUUAGACUAUGUAAGAAAUAAUUGUUGUUUUAUUAUGUGUUUUCUGGACAGCUUCAGUGGUAAACAUGAACUUGUUUUGGUUUCUCUUGGUUACUCUAUAGAUAGCAUUCAUUGUCUGGGGCUAUUUUGCUAUUUAAAGUGUGUAGGUAUGUAUAAAUAUUUUACUUCUGAGGACUAAAGGCAUUAGCAGGAAAUAAGAUUUAUAAAAAAUUUUAAUAUUGGAAAUGACCAUAAAUUUGUAUAAUCAUGGACUGUUUUUUUCAUAUCUGAUGCAAUUAAAUGACUUUUUACAUUAAA